AUGCUUUACACGUUUUGCAUACUUUCAGCGAUAUUGUGGUUAUGCUACCGUCUUUAUAAAUUUUUGGGUAUUCCAGUUAGUAAGAUUGUUCUUACACUAAAGAUAAGGACUCCUCCUGCUACGAAAGUUUCCAUCGAUAGGGUAAACGUGGAUUCUAUUACUAUACAUUGGGAAAAUGAACCCGUCAGGGGUGGGUCGUCACCGUCUUCAUCAAGUUCUAUAUCUCACUAUUUAUUGUAUUUGAACAAUUUACAAGUUGCAGUUUUCCCCAAUUCCCCCAAUUCUCUCUAUACAUGUUGUUCCAUUACAGGCUUGAAGCCUGAAACUGAACAUCAACUAGAUUUCAUUACCGUUAACCGAAUGGGAUUUAUGAAUAAACUACCUUCCAUUUACUGCAUGACUAAAUCAAAUAAUACACAUCAAACUGUGAAGAAAAGUGGUGAAUGGAGGAAAAACACUUUAACCACAUUAUCACAAGUGGACUCACCGUCAUUGUCAAAUUCACAAGUAACAGAAUCGAACCAAUCGACGGUACAACCCGCGUACGCUAACCUAACCACUUUGAAGGAUUUAGAAUCUUUUUCCAUAGAAGAUUUGAAGAAAAUUUUAAUUUGUGCUCAAGAAGAUCUACAUGAUGUUUUAUCACAACAAUCUUCACUUUUGCAAGAUUUCCAAGAAUCUAAAUUACAAUGGGAAUUAGAAUUAGAGAAUUUGAAAACGCAUUGGUCUCAUGAAAUCGAUUUAAGGAAAUCUUUAAAAUCUACCAUUAAAUCUUUGGAAAAUUCCAAAUUAUUAUACGACUUGAAACUGGAAAAAUUGAAGAAAAACAUCGAUCAAUCCAAAUCAAAGAUUGCAAAGAUGAAGAAGGAUAUGCAGAGUUGGUCAUUGGAAGAAUCGCAACAGUUGAACGGCGAUACUUUUAGAAGAGAUUUUUCUCAUGCCAUGAAAAGGGUUCAAUCGAAUAUUGAAGAUUUAACAGGAAAGAUAAAGAGUAUGCAGGGUGACAUAUCUGUAAAAGAGGAAGAUAAUAAAAGACUUAACACUUUGAAAAAAUCAUCGACUUCUAAUGCAAGCAUGGAUAAUACGACGCUGACUCCACAGGUGGCAUCAGCGGCUAUGGAAGCACCGGCACCUUCUGAUGUUUCUUUGACUGCAAAAGAAGUUGUGUCUCUUCAAGGUCUUUUGAAAAAAAUCAACGAACAAACAGUAGAAAGAACUGGUCAAUUAACGCCUGUGGGUGAAGAAAUGUUAGGUAGAAUCAAUUCGAAUUCUCAAUUGGUCAAUUUAAUCAGAGAACAGAUAAAAUUGGAUCAAGAGUUGGAUAAUAAGUGGAAAGUUUCGAGAACUAGAAUGGUUAAACGUUUAGAGACACUAGAAGCGAUGUUCACAGAUAUAAGUUUAAGCAAUAGACAGAUGAGGGCGAGUCUUAUGGUCCAACCCUAUGCUCAAAAGAACUCAGAUUCUAGAAAUUCUAAUUCCAAUGCUGCCUCUACGAUUACUUUGAACGAGCAAUCACCUGCUCUCAGCUCACCACCAAUGACCCAUCUAUCUGUUCCUAACGAUGUGCCAGUAGCAGCACAACCUCCAACUCCUUCAUCUUCUAACCCUCAUCACCUGGUACUUCACAAUCCUUCUACUUAUGCAAGUGAAGAUCCUCAUAUAACAGGUAGAGCGGCAACGGUGUCGCCGGUGACAGUAGCCGUUAACGCAACAGCAAGUACUACGAGACCCACUUUGGGCAAUCCAUCUUUAGUCAAUGGUUCUUUACUAUCACCACAAAUUAGUGGCUCUCAAGCGUAUGCAGAUCCUUCUUUAUUGAUGAGUUCACCAACUCCUGUGCAAUCUUUUUCCUGGGCCACUGAACCAACUCAGAAUGAGUUGCAUGCACCUGCACCACUACAAGGACAAUCCCCACAACGGCAACUGCAAUCUGAAUUGGAUCAACCAUUUGAAUACGACAAUGCAAGCCAUUUAAUCUCUGGUUUACGAGACAUGAUUUAUGACGAAACUGACUCCCCCGAUAGCAUUAGUGGUUAUUCUAAGGGUUUUACUACAGAUCAACUCGAUAACUACUGGACUAAUCAAACUACAAGAACUAGUGCUAGAAAGGAUACAAAACCUACAGCACCAUCGCUUUUAUCAUAUGGUGGUGGUUCUCUGGGACCUUCAUCUCCUUCCAUGGCAGGCACAGGUUUUAGUGAUUCCACACCCAUGGGUCAUUCAGACUCUUUUUCAAGCGUCAAUAACAACUUAGGGGCAACCUUAAUGUCACACCCUGAUGAUCCCAUGCGUGCUCGUACCAAUCCACCUCAAUCCCAAGGUCGAUUUGCAUCUCGUUUUAAUUUCCUUUGGCAUUCUGGUCAUGCUACGUCGCCAGAACCAUCUAGUACUAUAAACAAUAUGUCAGGCAACAACAAUGAAGAUGGAAGUACUAAUGGUGUAGCAUCCACAUGA